CAUUUUAUGAAUACGACGAAGCUCUUCCAUAGUUUAGUAAUCCACUCCCUCUCGAAUACCUAGCAGCAGUCAUCGAUGGGGAAAUCUAGCAAGAGUCUCUUAGGUUCUCCUUCUCAAGAUGAAUUGGAGACAGUGAACCCAAAGAAGAGGCAUAAGAUUGAAAAAUCUAAGAAGAAGAAGAAGAUUGCUUCCAUCAAAUUAAAGAUAGAUUCUCUCAAAGAAGAUGUGGAUUCUCUCAAAGCAACUGUGAACUCUGUGAAAUCAACACUUGAUUUGCUGCUCACAAGGGAGGAUUUUCUUGCCAUGUUUACCGCUUUCAAAGAACCUGCAAAGAAACCUGCUUCUGUUAAGAAUAAUGUCAUUCCAGUUAUUCAAAAUUCUCCAUCCUCUGAGGGUCACAAGAAAAGUAAUGAAGGUGAAGAGCCUGCCCAUAAAAAGGCUAAAGCAGAUACCAAUACUUGUAAAAAAGAGAGCAGCAGUAAUGUUUCUAGCAAGGAAUCUGAUGUACUGGAGAAAGAAACCCUAAAACGAGCAUCACGUCCUUACUCUUGUGAUAAGCCUCUUACAAAGACUGCUGAGGUAGGCGAGAGAGUCUUAUUCAUUCCAAAACAAGGGGGGAGAUAUGAUGGUGGCACGAUUUUCGUAAAGGGAUAUGAUUCUUCGCUUGGUGAGAAUGAUAUCGCGAGAGCAUUGCUUGAACAUUUCAGUCCAUGUGGAAUGAUCUCAAAAAUUUAUUUUCAAACAAAUGACGCCGGUGCAGCUGUCUUAAAACAUGUUUUCAUUGAAAUGUUACACGGCACAGAGGACGCUUUAAAACUUAAUGGAAGUGACAUGGGAGGAUGCAAUCUUGAAGUUCAUGACGCUCAAGAGAGAGACGAAUACUAUAUCAAUCGUGAAGUGAGUGGUGGUCCUUUUAUCGAUUAUCGUCGUCGUCGUCUGCUUUUGAAUAGACAUAAGUUCACAAGAGAAAAGCCCCCUGUGUAUGGCAUUGUCAGUUCUAGCAAGAUCAACAAGUAAUAGAGACCAGCCUCAGCUACUGCUGCGACUUGUUUCUCGACCAGCUACAUAUAAUUUUUAAUAAUAUUAUCUGAUUUUUUUUUUUGUUUUUUGUAUGUAAGGAUACUGGCCAAAAUAAUAAUGUUACUAGGAUCGGACCCGCGGUCCACCGCGGGAGAAUAUUAGUUUACAUUGAUUUUAAUAUUGUCCUUGUUUUAAGUAGAAUGAAUCGUGUAGUGUACUUAUAAAUAUUCGAGAAAAUGUUAAAUUGUUUAUAAUUAAA